CUUACACAGAAAUGGAGUUUGAAUUCCAUAUGAGGGAGCUAGACAACUUGGAUAAGCGCAUAAGACCGUACCUGGAGAAAAUUGGCCAUGAAAAAUGGUCAAGGUAUCAUUCAGAAAACAACAGGUACUCUACCAUGACAUCAAACAUAGCUGAGGCACUGAACUCAGCAAAUUUAGCAGCAAGGGAAACACCAGUGACAACAUUAAUGGAGUGCUUGAGGGCACAAAUGCAAGAGUGGACAUACAAUAAUAGAAAGGAGGCACAAAAAUGCACAACAAGGCUGACACCACCAUCUGAGAAAAAACUCAUAGGGAACUAUGUACAGUCAUUGCGACUAACAGUGAAACCAGCAAACCAGAACCUGUUUGAGGUGAUAGAUGAAGACAGAACAAGAAUAGUAAACUUGAAGGAGAAGACGUGCACAUGCAAUAGAUUUCAAAAAGAUGAAAUGCCAUGUAACCAUGCAGUCGCCGUCAUGAAGGACUUGAACAUAAACACAUACAACUACUGUGCACAAUACUACACAUCAAAAGCAUGGCUGCAAACAUAUGAAGAAACAGUAUACCCAGUUGGAAACGUAAGAGAAUGGGAACUUCCAGAAUUUUUUGAAGACAUCAUAGUGUUGCCUCCAAAGGAGAGAAUCAAGUCUGGAAGGCCGAGGAAAAGAAGAAUGGCAGCAGCUUGGGAAACAAAGAAACAAAACAAGUGUGGCAAGUGUGGACAAAAGGGACAUAACAAAAAGACCUGCAGAAGAAUUACAGCAUAGAAGUGGAAACAACUACACAUCAACCAAAAAACAACUAUAUUAAAACAUUUAGAAAACACAUACUGCAUAUUACGAUUGGUUGUUACAUACAUUUUUUUAUUGUGAUUUUUUAUGUGGAGAGAUAUUGAUAAUAGGGAAUUGGUAUUAUUAUCAUUAAUAUACAAAAGAACAUCAAAUAUUAUAGUUAAAUAAUUAAAUGAGUGGAAGAAGGUUGAAAUUAAUAAGAAGGAAAAAUAAACUACAUAAAGUGAUUACAA